AUGCAAGCUGUUGAUGAAAAUGAACUCUGCUUUCCAACACUGUUUAAUUCAUCCUGUAGGAAGACCAACCAUCCUCCCUCUAUCUCCAUGCUCAUUUACUUCACACUGUCCUCCAUCUCUGUGCUUACCAUAAUUCCUAAUGUGUUGCUUGUCAUUGCCAUCAUCCACUUCAGGAAGCUCCACAGCCCCACCAACUUCCUGCUGCUCUCUCUGGCGGUCUCAGAUUUCUUGGUGGGGUUCCUCAUUUCCUUUCAAAUCAUGCUAAUGGAUGGCUGCUGGUAUCUUGGGGACAUCAUGUGUGCAAUGUACCUUUUUUUGGAUUAUGUCAUAACUUCUGUUUCAGGAGGAACCAUGGUGCUCAUCUCAGUUGACCGCUAUGUGGCUGUUUGUAACCCUCUUUAUUACCCCAGCAAAGUAACUGCAGGAAAAUCAAAGAUGUGUAUUUUAUUGUGUUGGGCAUCUGCUGUUGUCUUUCACAGCCUUCUGCUGAAAAACAACUUGCAAAACCCUGGCCGAUAUAAAUCCUGCUAUGGAGAGUGUGUAGUAGUAGUUGAAUACAUUGGAGAGAUUCUUGAUCUAUUUUUCUCUUUUAUUGGACCCAUAACUGUCAUUAUUGUUCUUUAUUCAAGAGUGUUUGUGGUGGCUGUGUCUCAGGCUCGUUCCAUGCGCUCUCGGGUUGCAGCUGUCACUCUUCAUGGUUCAGUGAGAGUUAAAGCUAAGAAAUCUGAAAUGAAGGCAGCCAUGAUUCUUGGUGUUGUUGUUGUUGUGUUUCUUUUAUGUACCUGUCCAUAUUACUGUGUUGCCCUUAUGGCUCAGGAUACUGGGGUCAGUACUUCAUCUGUAGCUUUUCUUUUGUUCUAUUUUAAUUCCACUCUAAACCCUCUGAUCUAUGCCCUGUUUUACCCCUGGUUCAGGAAAUCAGUUAAAAUAAUUCUAACUCUUCAGAUUCUGAAGCCUGGAUCAUGUGACACCAACAUGAUGUGAAUAAAACCAGAUAAAUUAUUUUCUUAA